AUGCAUCGAACACAUGCUGAUCUUAUUCAAUUACUUGUUCGAAAAAAUAUUAUUAAAAAUGAACGAAUUAAAACAGCUAUGUUAGCAACGGAUAGAUUAGAUUUUUCUACAGAUCGAUUAUAUGAAGAUGUACCACAACCAAUUGGUUAUAAUGUAACUAUAUCAGCACCACAUAUGCAUGCACAUGCACUUGAAAUGUUACAUGAUAAACUUAUUCCUGGUGCUCGUGUACUUGAUGUUGGAUCAGGUUCAGGAUAUUUAACUGCAUGUAUAGCUCGUCUUAUUCAACCGAAUGGUAAAGUAAUUGAGAUUGUAUCAGGUGAUGGUCGUCUAGGUUAUUCACAAGGUGGUCCCUAUGAUGCAAUUCAUGUUGGUGCAGCAUCACCGAAUCGACCUAAUGAAUUAAUUGAACAAUUAAAACCUGGUGGACGUUUAGUAGUACCUGUUGGUGUUGGAAGUCAAAAAAUGAUGAUCUAUGAUAAAAAAAAUGAUGGUCAUGAUGUUCAUGAACGUGCAACUUUAGGUGUAAGUUAUGUUCCAUUAACAGAUAAAUCAAAACAAUGGCGACAUUGA